CAAUUAAAAUGUACUGAAAAAUAACUUCAAACAUAAAUCAGGAUCUCUUGACAAACAAAUGCAAAUAGAUAAAUGUAUUUUAGAAACUGACCAGGCUGCCUCCAGCCUCUGUUUAUGACUAAUUUGAAUUAUGUUGGAGAAAUACAUUAACAAUGAACAGCCUCAUUAUGAAAAAUAUUUCAGUAAUUCACAAUUUAAGCAGCAGAAAAAUCAUUUUAUUGCACUUUAAUACGUAACUUGAAGCUCUGAUAAUAACAUAAGUUGAAAGGAUUUUCUUUUUUUAAUGCAAUCUGAAAUGAGGUUAAAGUUUGUCGUUUGUAUUCUGAUAAAUGUCUCUUUGCUUUGACAGCAGGAUUUGUAUUCAUGCAAAAACAUUUCUGUCUUUGUGUCGGUGCUGGUGAGAAGCAGCUACAUCUGCAGCUGCACGAGGCACAAGCUCACAGGCUUGAAAACCAAAAUGUCCAGCAACGCAUCAGGCGGAUACUUCAACAUGAUGUACAACUGUGACUCUUAUAAAAGUGCAGAGUUAUUCUCCGUUGCCUUCAUGGUCAUCCGGUUCCUGUGUGCUGUUCCGGUCUCCAUCGUCGUCCUCUGCUUGGGUUUCCGGCGGCGGCGGCGCGCCACUAAAACCAGCCACUCUGAUCUCUUCAUCUACAACUCUGCCGCCUUGCAGCUCGUUUUUGGAUUUGCAGCCAUUUUUUACCUCACUGGCCUCUACGCUCACAUCGCUAACGUUUCACUUUUGGGGGUUUAUGCAGCCAGCAUUGCUUUUCCUGGAGAAAUAGUUCUUCACAUCCUGACAUGCAUGGAUCGCUACCUGGCCGUUGUUCACCCCGUCACCUACAGGGGGCUGACUCAGUCCACUGGGAUCAGGAUCAGGAACAUCAGCAUCGUCUGUGCUUGGCUGAUCAGUUUCGGAUGGGUUGGGCUUGUAGCUCUCUUUCACCCUGAGAUGCCUUAUGCUGCAUAUUUCUGCUUGUUUGCUGUCUCAAUAACAAGCAUUUCUUUCUGCAGCGUCUCGGUUCUUUAUGUUCUGAUUGAUCCAGGUCCGGGUAAAAAAGAGAAGGCAGACAAAGCCAAGAGGAAAGCUUUCCAGACCAUCAUGGCCAUCCUUGGCGUCCUCCUCGUGUAUUUUGUGGCCAGCAUUGUUGUUGUUGCUGUGAAAAAAUUAAAUCUGCUCAUUAAUGAGAAUGCAUGUCUGAUUCUGACGUCUGCACAGUGGUUUGGUAUUCCAUGCAGCGUCGCUUUACCUCUGUUGUUUCUGCGCAAAGCAAAGAAGUUUUAGUCCCAACCUGCUAAUCAGUAACUAACUUAGCAAAGCAUUUGCUGAAUGACUUUAAAGUAAAAAAAAAUCUAAACUUUCACUUGUUUCCAGUUGAAAUGUUGGGGCAUGACCUAAACUAGUGCAUUCAUGCCAGUGAAGUUAUUUUUAAUAACCUUUUGUAAAACGUCCUCUGUCACAGUCAGUAAAUCAGAAAAUAU